AACGGUGGAAUUCACAUGAAGCUCACCAAUUUCACCUAUAUACUUUGCUCUCACGACAGACUCCUAAAAAAGACCCCAAAUUUAGCAAACAAUGGAAGCCUUGUGGAAGUUGGAGGAGAAACUGAAGCUAACUACGAAAGAAGCUGUUGUGAUCUUGGUCGAAACAGCGGCUGCGGUAACGCUACUCUGCAUAGCCGCAGCGUUUCUCAACCGCAAUUCUCGAGGGAAGCAAGUAGCAGACGCAGAGUGGGCGUCCGAAACAGCGUUUGCGUCAAGGACAAUGGAGGAAAAGAGGAAAUGUAAGUGGAGCAAAGUGAAGAAAACAUUGAUGGGUUCGUUUUGUUGGAGCUCUGCAGCUAAGUGGAUGGAGAUGGAAACAAGGCGGCCGCCACCAUUGCUUGCGGCUAAAGAAAGGAGUCUUAAUGCGGUUGAUCCUGUUUGGCAGCGACCGAUUCUGAUGGGUGAGAAAUGUGAAUUGCCUCGGUUUAGCGGCCUUAUAUUGUAUGAUGAACGCGGCCAUCCGCGUCAUCAUCCUCAACUUCAAGAACAAGUAAAACAAAGUUCUCUGGUAAGAACAACUCUGAGAGAUUUGCUUUGAUAGUGGUUUUCUCGGCAAGGAAGUCUAUUGAAGUUUCGUGUACAACAAGUUAAAAACCAACGAUGAAAUUAGGUCAGAUUCUGAGAAUGCUAAAAAACAUCUGUAUGUAUC